GCCAUUUGUAAAUUGUAUUUCAUUUGUGUCCUUCCGGUGAUACAGACUAUCCUGAAGAGAUCGGCAGGAAAGUGCGCGAGGAUUUCUAGUGGUGAAGAAUAAAUCAUACUUGUACAAGCCUGCCAAGUCAACUUUUGGAAAGUGUGUUAUGGCAGCCAAUGGAGCCUCAAGUCCACAAGGUGGAUAUCCGGUAGAGAUUUUUCCUGGAGCAUUUGAUGAGAAAUUUCGUUGUAAUUCCUGCACAAGAAUACUGAGAGAUCCAGUCCAGUCAUUCUGUGGUCAUAGAUUCUGUAGAAGCUGUAUCAAUGCAGUCAUAAGCAAAGGUGAAAGGGUCCAGUGUCAGUCCUGUAUUAGUGAAGGUGCUGGUGAUGAUGAUGAUUACAGCAUACUUAAGGAGGAACAGAUGUUUCCUGACAAUGGUGUUCGGCGUGAGAUGGCCAAUAAGGAAGUAAGAUGUCUCAACCAAGGCUGCAAGUGGACAGAUGUAUUUAAGAAUUAUGACCACCAUGCAUCGGAAUGUGAAUACCGAUUAAUUGCCUGUCCAGAGUGUCAAACCAUGGUGGAAAAGGCCAACUUGGAAAAACACCUCAAGGAGAACUGCUUAGGAAGAAAAAUGAACUGUAAAACUUGUAACCAAGAAAUUGCCAUUAAGGACGAGUCACAACACAACAAGGUUUGUCCUAAGGCCUUGGUGAAAUGUGAAGCUUGCGGAAAAAAGAAAAUACUGAGAGAAAAGUUGGGAUUCCACCAAGAGAAAGAAUGUGCCAGUCAGAAAAUCAACUGUCCUGUGGGAUGUGAUCCUGUAGAGAGAGGUGCUUUUAUUGGCCAUUUAGAGAGAAAGUCUGGUAUACAUAUCCAGUGGAUGUUGCAGCAGAUAGAGACAUUGAUUCGUGAAGUCAAUGAAAAGAUACAGCCUUUAACACCAAUUGAUGACAUCAAUCGCAUGGUCCAGAUGAUUACAGUGCUACAGGCCAAGAUACAGGAACAAGAUAAUCAGAUCCGGACACUGAUGGAACAGCCAAGGGCCAAUAAUCAACAGGAGAUAAUUAAACUCACCAAGCAGGCAAAGGCACUUGACUUGAAGACAGGAACAUUUGAGGGGAUUGUCACGACCCUACAUAGGGAGAUCGAGAGGUGUAUCACUGCACUUGAUACCCUGGAGAGACACAGGAAUUCUCAACAAGAUGUCAUUGAAGAAUUGAAAAAGAAAACACAACACAUGGAACGAGCUAUAUCCCUAAAGGAUGUCACCAUCUCCGAAUUGGAUAGCAGGAUCAGAUCACUAGAAAUCAUUAGUUACGAAGGCACACUUGUAUGGAAAAUAGCAGAAUGGUCAAAGCACAGACGAGAGGCAAUGGCUGGCAGAGUAACAAGUUUGUAUUCCCCCCAUUUCUACACAGGCAGAACUGGCUACCGAUUGUGUGCGCGACUGUAUCCUAACGGAGAUGGCAUUGGCAAGAAAACACAUGUCUCUGUCUUUUUUGUUGUAGCGAGAGGAAAUUACGAUGCUUUGCUCUCAUGGCCGUUCAUUCAGAGAGUGACCUUCAUGCUGCUUGAUCAGAACAAUAGAGAUCAUGUUGUUGAUUCCUUUCGACCUGAUCCAGCCAGCAGCUCCUUUCAGCGACCAACAACAGAGAUGAAUAUUGCCAGUGGCUGUCCCUUGUUCGUGCCCCUUAAAAGGUUAGAAGAGGUUGGAACAUCUUAUGUGAAAGAUGACACCCUGUUUCUCAAAAUUGUUGUUGAUUCCGAAAGGCCAUCUGGAGGGGGUGGAGUGUAGACAUUUAAUAUAAAGUUUUUAAUUUUGAUUGGUUUGGUGUAAUGUUUUAAGUGUUUCAGGUCUUUAAGCAUACAGAGUUUCAGUAAUUAUUAUCAUCAAGCAAAUAGGUCUGGUUAAAUUCAGAAAGUUGAUUCAACUCACAGGGACCUGUGGAUGGGGCCCCAAAAGUGGAGUUAGACAAUAAUUUACUUCAAAACGAUACUCUUCCUGAAUGCUUGAAUUGAUUUCAUUCAGAUUUUUUCUGAAACAUUUGUAGAGAUUAGCAAUUAAUUCCAAAAUUCAGAAAGUUGAUUUGACCCCUAGAGACUUAAGGGUGUGGCCCCAAAUGGGGAAGUUAGAUUAGUUUGCUCAAAAUGCUGCUCUUCCUUAAUGCUUUAAUGAAUAUCAACCAAAUGUGGUCUGAAAUAUCAUUAUGCUUAUUGAAUCAUUUCUUCAAUUCAGAAAAUUUAUGUGACCCCUGAGGACUUUGGGGUGGGACACAAAUGGGGAAAUUAGUCAAUAUUUAAUUCCAAAAUGCUACUUUUCCUUAAUGCUUAAAUGGAUUUAAUUCAAAUUUUGUCUGAAACAUAAGUAGAGAUGGGCAGUUAACUCUUAAAUUCAGAGAGUUGAUCUGACCCCCUAGGGACUUAGGGAUGGGGCUCCAAAAGGCAAAGUUAGACAAUAUUUUGCUCCAAAAGGCUACUCCUUCUUUCUGCCUGGGUAAAUUUCAACCAAAUUUGGUUGGAAGCAUUGUUAGGGAAUGGCAUUGCAAUCAGAAGUGCAUAGAGUGAUCCUGAGAUUGUACUGACCAAAUCAUAAUUUUUUGCUUUGGUCCAAAAGAAAAAAUAUCAAAACUUGCAUGAUUGCUAGUAAACAACAACAAUAAUACAAAGUACAGUGUAUUAUGUACCUGUUGAUUCUCACAACAGGGGUAAAACAAGAUUUGUGACAUACUGACAUUACAUAGUGAUAUGGUUUACUAGUAGGUAAUUAAUUGUUCUUGUAGGAACUCAAGUGUUCAGUUUUAAACAAUUUCUUUCUGAUCAACAUAAGGACUGCUGAUACAUGUAUAAUGUGAAAAUUUUACAUGUAGAUAUAAAACUACAUAUUUUACUGUUUGAAUUUAACUUAGUUAUUCUGAUGUUCUAUCAACCUUUUUAUACUGGUGUGAUAUCAAAUCUAACGAAGACUUUAUAAGUACAUGUGUAUGUAUAUAUCUACAUUUAAAUAUAUAUAUCUUAAUUUUCAAGUGGUAGCAAUUAAUUUAGCGGCCUGUUAUAUAAGAGGAAUGAAACAAAGAGCAGUUGGAAUGAUACUAAUUAUCCUGUUUUUGAAAAUCAAAUGUUUGAGCUUAUACAGUGCAGCAUCUUUUGGUUUUUUAAUAGCUUUCUUGAAUCCAAGUCAGUGCAAGGUUAGAAUCAUUGGAACAUAUAAAAAAUCAAUAGGUAAAAAUAAGGGUAAUAUUUUGGCUAUGAACAGCUCGUUGUUUGCAUACCAAUCUACAAGUAGAUGUAGUUGUUGGUACCCAGUAUAAUCCUAUUUUUGGAUCCAUCCAUCAUCUCAUUGAAGCAGUUUAUUUUGUAAAACACCAUUAUUUCAAUAAAGACUUACAUGCUUUGUUAUUAAAGGAAGAUGGUGUUAUGUAAAAAGCACAUUUAAACAUGAUUAAUUUUACAGAAAAUUUGCAUUUAAUGUAGAUAUUGUUUAUAUUAUCAAUGUACUAGGAGAUUAAU